AUGGGUCGUUUUCGAUUUUGCAGUCGAUCGUUAAACGUCGCCAUUGUCGCCCUUUUCUUGUUAUCUUUUCCUUUUAUGUGCUUCGGGAUUCGUUAUUUUCCUGCGAAUGGAGAGAUGGAGGUUCAUUCGGGAUCUGAUGUUCUGUUUGGAUACACUGAAGCGCCGGAAUACCGAAACGGCGUAGGCUGCUCACGCGAUAGCAUUCACGUCGCAAUGACGAUCGACUUGGAGUACUUACGUGGCUCAAUAGCCGCCGUACACUCCGUCCUCCGUCACGCUUCUUGUCCGGAAAACGUGUUUUUCCAUUUCAUCGCGGCGGAGUUCGACCCGGCGAGUCCAAGGGAUUUGACUCGACUUGUCAGAUCUACUUUCCCUUCGCUUAACUUCAAGGUGUAUAUCUUCCGUGAAGACACAGUCAUAAAUCUGAUCUCGUCAUCGAUCCGGAUCGCACUCGAGAACCCGUUGAACUACGCCCGAAACUAUCUCGGCGAUAUCCUCGACCCGUAUGUAGAUCGCGUCAUUUACCUCGAUUCCGACAUCGUUAUCGUCGACGACAUUCAGAAGCUCUGGAACAUCACCUUGCAAAAGAACAGGAUCAUCGGAGCACCGGAGUAUUGCCAUACAAACUUCACCAAGUACUUCACCGAUAGCUUCUGGUCCGACCCGAUGAUGUCCCGGGUAUUCGGGUCGAGAAAACCCUGUUACUUCAACACCGGCGUAAUGGUAAUGGACAUGGAAAAAUGGCGAAAAGGGAAUUACCGGAAAAGGAUCGAGAACUGGAUGGAACUCCAAAGAAAGAAACGAAUCUAUGAAUUGGGUUCUUUGCCGCCGUUCUUACUGGUGUUCGGCGGCAACAUUGAGCCGAUUCACCACCGGUGGAACCAACACGGCCUCGGCGGAGAUAAUGUGAAAGGUAGCUGCCGGUCGCUGCAUUCCGGUCCGGUGAGCCUGUUGCAUUGGAGUGGUAAAGGGAAACCGUGGGUGAGACUGGAUGAGAAGAGACCGUGUCCGUUGGAUCAUCUGUGGGAGCCGUACGAUCUUUACAAACGUAAUCAUCACCGUCAUCAAUCAGUCGUUGGAUCUUUCAAUUUCGUUGGGGUACAUCGUGAUUCAGAGAUUCUUUGA